GCGCCUGGGAAGGUUAAAGUUGAAGCGGAACUGAAGCAGAAGCAAACUUUUCUGGUUGAUACUAAUGUGAGAAGGCGAUAGCUGCUGUUGUUAUGUUAUUCAAGUCACUAGUAGGGAGUGCCUGCACUCUACUUGGAGCUGCAACAGCCUUCAAAUUUGCACCUGUGGAAGUCCAGGCCCAAGCAGCUGCUCUCCUUCACAGCGCAGUAAGGAAAUCCUCUCUGGUGGAACAAGCAAAUAUGAGGGUUGAACUUCUCCCAGCACUGAGUGACAAUUACAUGUACCUCCUGAUUGAUGUGGACUCCAGAGAAGCAGCUAUUGUUGACCCUGUGGAGCCAAUAAAGGUUGUGGAAGCUGUCAGAAAACAUGGCGUGAAACUCACAACAGUUCUGACCACUCACCACCACUGGGAUCAUGCUAGUGGCAAUGAGAAGAUGGUAAGGCUAAUGCCAGGACUGAAGGUCUAUGGAGGAGAUGACAGAGUUGAUGCAAUUACAAAGAAGGUUUCUCAUUCCAACAGUUUCAAACUUGGAUCACUCAAUGUCAAAUGCCUGUUUACACCAUGUCACACGACUGGUCACAUCUGCUACUAUGUGACAAAAGAAAACAGCACUGAGCCACCAGCUGUUUUCACAGGGGACACGCUGUUUGUGGCUGGUUGUGGUAAAUUCUUUGAGGGUACAGCGGAGCAGAUGUACAAAGCCUUGAUAGAGAUCCUGGGAUGCCUGCCUCCUGAAACACGUGUUUACUGUGGUCAUGAGUACACCGUCAGCAAUCUGAAAUUUGCACGUCAUGUGGAACCAGACAAUGAAGUCAUUCAGAAGAAGCUAGCAUGGGCAAAGGAGAAAUGCAGCAAUGGAGAACCGACCAUCCCGUCCACUUUGGCAGAUGAAUUCACAUUUAACCCCUUUAUGAGAGUAAAAGAGAAGUCCGUGCAAGACCAUGUAAAGCAGACCGACCCGAUUGAAACUAUGAGAAGUCUCCGGAAAGAAAAAGAUGGCUUCCGGGUGCCGAAGGAGUGAUGUCCACUGCACUCAUGCUGACUUUUUCUGACCAACUGCUUACAACCGUGCGAGCUGUCAACAGUAUACUAAUCUGCAAUUCAUCUUCAAAUCCAUUUCAAAGCACAAACUUUAUAACACUAUAUUCAGCCCUUAUAUGGCUUUAAAUUAUUUUAGUUGUGUUUGGUUUGUUGGUUUGUUUGUCAGAUGUUGAGUGAUAGUUUUAAGGAAUAUAUGGCCAUUAAUUCAAACACUUCAAAUAAGAGAAAUGAGUUUGUUAAUCUGUAAAUGGGAGUUUUAGAGUCUAUUUAGUAUUAUGUUGUAACAUAUUGAUGUACAAACUAAUAUUUCAUGAAGUGUUCAAAUUCAAAAACUUCAACAAGACAGGGAGCCUGAGGAACAAAUGUCAGAAUAUGUGUAAAAUUUCUGUAAAUUGAUAAAGUAAUUUCUGUAAAGAUUCGUAUCAAUGUUUUAUUCUGACCUGGAAUGUUGAAUGGCAUGCGACUUAUUUCCAUAUUUCCUUUGAAGCCAAUAAGAUAAGAUAUAACUAUUAAUACCCUGUAGGGGAAAUUUCGGUCGACAUAGCAGCACAAAGUUAAGUUUGGUUGUUUAUUACGUAAAGUGCAUUUUUAUUUCUUACUUCAUUGAAAACCAUUCUGUCAAGCAUUGUCUACGUAUUGGUGUGUCAGCAUUAAAUGUUAGAUAUCCUGAAUGCUGUUGCAUGUAAAGUACAAUCUUACAAAGAAUAUUGCAUGAUGUUCGUUUGAAAAAGCAAACACAUUUAUUUUAAUUCAGUAGAAAUAAAAGUCUCACAUUCAAAAUGUA